AAAACUUUCUGCAACUUUGUUGGUUAAAGCCGGGGGCAAACCAAGCACGCCUUUUUAGAUCAGAGACUCGAAGGCACGAAGCUCUUUCACAUCCUUUUCUCUUUCGGAGAAACUAAAUCGGAGGUGACAAUAAUCGUUGGAGGCGGAGAUGGCGUCACAGGAACAGGUGAAGGCCUCUCACAUCCUGAUAAAGCACGAAGGCUCGAGGAGGAAGGCGUCGUGGAAGGAUCCCGAUGGUCGCGUCAUCAGUGCUACUACCAGGGAAGAAGCCGCCGCUCAACUGGCGGAUUUUCGGGAGAAGAUCGUCUCUGGCCAGGCCCAGUUCGAGGAUAUCGCUUCACGUUACUCUGACUGUAGCUCGGCCAAGCGCGGCGGUGACCUAGGUCCUUUUGGAAGAGGCCAGAUGCAGAAGCCUUUCGAGGAAGCUGCUUUUUCUCUGGGAGUUGGAGAGGUAAGUGGCAUUGUGGAUACUGACAGUGGCGUUCACAUCAUCAAGAGGACUGGCUAAUGCCAAUGGCCUAACCUUUUGCUUCAGAAAACUACUUAUCUUACCUUCUUUCUGACCUUAAAAUUUGAUGAAUAACUGUUGCAUACAUUAACUACAACUCAAUCCUCUGAAGUCUAAGGCUUCGUUUCGGACGACUUUCUUACUGCUUCAUAAAGCAGCUUUUUAGUAUAAAAUUUUUAUUUUUUUUACUAGAAAACUUUUUUAAGCAGUAAAAAAGCUGUUCCAAAUGAAGUCUAAAUGCACAUCUGUGCUUGUUUGUGCUCGGAUAUUCUCAAUGGCUUGCCUGUUUGACAAGCUAACUAUUAGCCAUUCAGCUGGGAUUUACUUAUCAGUUUUCAAGCUAUGUGAACUGAAACAAUUGUUGGAUUACUUUGCUUCUACAGUUAUUAUAUUGACUGUUAGGCUAUGCUCAUUGAAAUUUCA